AGAGACAAUAAAAAUAGUCUAGCGAAGCUCUCCGGUCAGUGCUGAGCCACCUUCCGGGCGCGUCUGAUCGCAAGUGUUGUCGAGAGGAUCAGGAAUUGCGACGCGAGUAAAAUGGACACGCUGUUCGUGAGUAAGAGAAUUUUCGUGGAUGGUGAACUGAUCGAAGGCGGGAUCCUAGUGUCGGAUCAAGGUAAAAUUACAGAUAUUUUAACCAGGGCAGGAGAGGUUAAUUCCUGGAUAUAUCAGAAUGGAUCUGGAGAGAUUGUGGACUUUGGCGAUCUUAUCAUCAUGCCUGGCCUCAUUGACUCGCACGUGCACAUCAAUGAUCCGGGAAGGUCAGACUGGGAGGGAUUUGCCACAGCCACGAAAGCGGCCGCGGCGGGCGGUUUCACCACCAUUGCCGAUAUGCCACUAAAUUCCAUCCCACCCACUACCACCGUGGAGAAUCUCAGGGUUAAGACGAGUGUGGCGCAUGGGAAAGUCUUUGUGGAUGUGGCCUUCUGGGGUGGCUUGAUUCCCAGCAAUGCUUCUGAUCUGCUGCCACUCGUGCAGAACGGCGUCAUUGGCUUCAAGUGCUUCCUCUGCCCGAGCGGAGUGCCUGAAUUUCCGCAUGUCAAUGAAGAGCAUGUGGAAGAAGCCCUGAAGAUCCUCGAAGGCACCGGAAGUCUCUUGGCGUUUCACGCCGAACUCGAGUGCGGCUCCACCAGGAUGGAAAUCAUGGAGGAGAACCCAAAGAAGUACUCCACCUAUCUCCACUCCAGGCCGUCAAUCAUGGAGGUGAAGGCCAUAGACAUGAUCACGCGCCUCUCGGCCAAGUACAACGUUCGAACUCAUAUUGUGCAUCUUUCGACGGCCGACGCUCUGCCCAUGAUUAGGGAAGCCAGAGCCAAUGGCGCUCAAUUGACUCUGGAGACUUGCCAUCACUACCUAACACUAACAGCUGAAGAGAUUCCUGAUGCGCACACCGAAUUCAAGUGCGCUCCGCCAAUCAGGAGCGCUGAGAAUCGCCGGAAGCUGUGGGAAGCUAUUCAAGCGCGUGAUAUCGAUAUGAUAGUGUCUGAUCACUCGCCCAGUACGCCAGGAGUGAAGUUGUUGACCUACGGCAAGAGUCGCGGAGACUUUAUGCGCGCCUGGGGCGGAAUUUCCUCAGUCCAGUUCGGGCUGUCGCUCUUCUGGACGCACUGUGAGAGUCAGGGGCUCACCCUUGUGGAUCUGCAGCGUCUGCUGUGCCAGGAACCAGCCAAACUCCUCGGCAUCGAUGGGUUCAAGGGCAGGAUCGCCGUGGGCUACGAUGCCGACUUCUGCGUGUGGGACCCUGAGGGCACAUUCACGAUCACCAGUGAUAUCAUUCAUUUCCAGAACAAGGCGAAUCCGUACAUGGGAAAAGUGGUCAGAGGAAAGGUCCAUGCGACUAUUCUGCGAGGUCUCACCGCAUUCCAGGACGGAGAGUCCUUUGCCAAUCCCAUGGGCAAACUCAUCCUCAGGAAAACCACCAAGAGGGCCGUUCAAUUCCACUGAAUUCACAAAUGGGCGCGUAGAAAAUAUGUACAUAUAUAGAGAAAAAAUUGGGUGAUUUUCGGGUGAUUUAGACAAUAAAUAUGUACAGGUUAUUUA